AUGCCUCCUCCCCCUCCUCCCCCUCCGCCGCCGCCGCCGCCGCCGCCUGGGGGGUUUGGUGGCCCUCCCCCUCCCCCUCCUCCAGGCAAUCUACCAAGCAGACCUUCAAAGGGUGAAGUCAAAGGCCGAGACGCUCUCUUAGGCGAUAUUCGCAGUGGCACAAAGUUGAGGAAGGCUGUCACCAACGAUCGAUCUGCUCCUCAAAUCGGAAAACCUGGAGGAGGUUCUGCUGCGCCCGCUAUUGGAGGUGCGCCUCCAGUGCCUGGCGCAAGACCACCUCCUGCUGGGCUUGCUCCACCUGUCCCCUCCGGACCAGCCGCAAAUAGACUACGAAGCAACAGCGAGGGACCGCCUGCGUCAGAUGUAGGAGUCAGCUCACCAGCAGCCCAACUAGGUGGUCUCUUUGCCGGUGGUAUGCCGAAGCUACGCAGUCGAGGUGGCGGAGUCGACACAGGAGCGAAUAAAGCAGAGUCUCCAUAUCUCUCGGACUCGGAGACAUCUCGCCCAGCGCCAGCUGCGCCAUCUUUCAAGGCACCUUCCGUUCCUAAGCCUCCUGGUGCAAAGCCUCCUCCCCCGCCGCCAACUACUGAGUCUCCGCCGGCACCGCCUGUAAACCCAUUGGUUGCAAGUCUAAAGAAGCCGCCCCCACGACCUGGCUCCAGACCUUCUUCUACAUUAUCUUCAGCGAGCACAAAAUCUGCUCCAGAGGCACCUCCCCCACGUGCUCCGCCUCCACCUCCUGGUGGCCGAGCGCCUGCGCCCCCCUGCUCCUCCAGCGCCUCCAGCUCCCCCAGCUCCCCCAGUAUCUCGGAAACCAUCCGGUGCCCCUCCACCUCCGCCUCCGCCUCAAGCAAGCCCAGCAGCUCCUCCUCCGCCUCCCCCAGCAACAACUACAAGGGCUCCUCCUCCACCUCCCGCUGGAAGGCCAACACCCCCUCCACCCCCGCCAGCAAGCGGUCCGCCGUCGAUUGCUGCCCAAGCAGCACGUACCGCGCUGGGCAAUCAUACUAG